AUGCCUUACACUUCAGAUAAAGCGGUCCCCUACCACUAUGCAGCAACUAUUAUUGAGAACGGUAAAGAGGUCGAGAUUAAAACCUUAGCCUCAGUUACCAAUAUCCCAACAAAUAGCCGAAUGACGCGCAGUGGCUGCGUGUUCGCUCCGCCGGUUAUCCCAAGUAGAAAUGUUGAGAAAGAUCCAGUAGUCGUGGUACCAGUGACAAGAGAAGCAGAAGGGCAAACAAGCAAUUCAACCCUUGAUAAAGAAACAGAUGAACUACUUAGAAUUAUCAAGCUCAAUGACUACAAAGUGGUAGAUCAGUUGCUACAGACACCGUCAAAAAUCUCGAUCCUGUCCUUAUUAUUGAAUUCAGCUGUCCAUAGAGAAGCACUACUGAAGGUGCUUGAUCAAGCCUUUGUAGAACAGGAUAUAACAGCAGAGCAGUUCAACAAUGUUGUAGGCAGCAUCACUUCGUGCAAUGGCUUAGGCUUUUGUGAUGAAGAACUGCCAGAAGAAGGAAAGAAUCACAACUUCGCUCUCCAUAUCUCAGCCAAUUGUCAAGGGGAUUCUUUGUCUAAUAUCCUAAUUGACACCGGUUCAUCUCUGAAUGUCAUGCCCAAGUCUACCUUGGUGAAGCUAAAGUACAAAGAAGGGCAAAUGCGGCACAGUGGAAUUAUUGUGAAAGCGUUCGAUGGAUCAAGAAAAUCAGUCAUUGGAGAAGUUGAUUUGCCUAUUGGUAUUGGACCACAUGUAUUCCAGAUCACUUUCCAGGUUAUGGAUAUAGUGCCAGCUUAUAGCUGUCUGCUCGGACGCCCAUGGAUUCAUGAGGCGGGUGCCAUUACAUCCACGUUACACCAGAAGUUAAAAUUUUUCAAGAAUGGGCAAAUAGUGACGGUUAAUGGGGAGCAGGCUAUGCUGAUUAGCCACCUUUCAUCGUUUAGUGUGAUAGAAGCAGACGAAACGGCUGUUCAAACUCCAUUUCAGGGCCUGACCAUCGAUGAUUACAAGAAAAGUGAAGGUUCAAUCGCGUCAUUCAAAGACGCCCAGCAGAUUGUCAAGACAGGUCCUACAGAAAUGUGGGGCAAGGUGAUAGAGUUGCCAGAAAACGUUAACCAUGCAGGAUUAGGCUUUGUUGAUGAAAAAAAAGUGCAGACUUCAGUGGUGCGACCUUUCAAAGAUAUCUUUCACAGCGGUGGGUUUAUCAACAUGGUAGCAGUUGAGGAGGAUACUUUUGAGGGAAAGACAGAAGACGAAGGCCCCAGAUUUGUGACACCAUGA